AGAGUGUGCACUGAGUGACACAGCCCUAAAGAGUGAAAAGCUCCGUGAGGUCUGGUGCCCAGAGAGUUGAGGCUGUUCCGAGCAAGGCCGGUGGAGAGCGGAAAUCGCCUGAGCCAGUUGUGUGGCCGUCAUGCCUCAAACCCGAUCCCAGACACAAGCUUCCAUCAGCUUUCCGAAAAAGAAGCAAUCUAAGACCCUGAACAAAACAAACUCCCGGGACAGUGAAGUGAAGCUUAGAAACGCCCAGCCUGUACCCACCACUCCGUGUGCAGACGUAAAAAUUCUGCCUCUCAGUCCCCGAAAACGUUUGGGCGAUGACAACCUGUGCAACACUCCUCGUUUAUCUCCCUGUUCCCCGCCAAAGCUGGGCAAGAAAGAAAACGGCCCCCCUCGCUCACAUACACGGAAGGGGUGCAGACUAGUAUUCGAUGAUGAGCUGAUAGGUAAGGCUUCCACCCAAAAAGAACAAGACAGGGGUCACCAACACCAGAUCCUUUCCUCCGCUCAAAGAAGUCAAGAGAGCGAAACACAUCCUGAGCAGCCAUGUCCACCGGAGAAGGAGUCUGCGAGUAUCAGACUGUUCAAGCAGGAAGGCACUUGCUAUCAGCAAGCAAAGCUUGUCCUGAAUACAGCUGUCCCGGAUCGGCUGCCUGCCAGAGAACAGGAGAUGGGUGUCAUCAGGGAGUUUCUGAAGGAGCACAUCUGUGGGAAAAAAGCUGGGAGUCUCUACCUUUCUGGCGCUCCUGGGACUGGAAAAACUGCCUGUUUAAGCCGGAUUCUGCAAGACUUCAAGAAGGAAAUAAAAGGCUUUAAAACUAUCCUGCUGAAUUGCAUGUCCCUGAGGAGUGCCCAGGCUGUGUUCCCAGUCAUUGCUCAGGAGCUUGGUCGGGAGGAGCUCUGCAGACCAGCUGGGAAGGACUUGACGAGAAAGCUGGAGAAGCACCUGACGGCCGAGAAGGGCCCCAUGAUUGUGUUGGUGUUGGAUGAGCUGGAUCAGCUGGACAGCAAAGGGCAGGAUGUAUUAUACACACUGUUUGAGUGGCCGUGGCUAAGCAACUCCCGAUUGGUGCUCAUUGGUAUUGCUAAUACCCUGGAUCUCACGGACAGAAUUCUGCCAAGACUUGAAGCUAGAGAAAACUGUAAGCCACAGUUACUGAACUUCCCGCCUUAUACCAGGAAUCAGAUAGCUGCAAUCUUGCAGGAUAGACUUAAUCAGGUGUCAAGAGACCAAGUUCUGGACAGUGCUGCAAUCCAGUUCUGUGCCCGCAAAGUGUCUGCUGUUUCGGGGGACAUCCGUAAAGCGCUGGAUGUUUGCAGACGAGCUAUUGAAAUUGUGGAGUCUGAUGUCAGGAGCCAGACAAUCCUCAAGCCACUCUCUGAAUGUAAAUCACCCUGCGAGUCACCGGUUCCCAAGCGUGUUGGUCUUGCUCACAUAUCCCAAGUCAUUUCGGGAGUUGAUGGGAACAGGGUGACUUUGAGCCAAGAAAACACACAGGAUUCCCUUCCUCUCCAGCAGAAGAUCUUGGUUUGCUCUUUGCUGCUCUUGACCAGGCAGCUGAAAAUCAAAGAGGUCACCUUGGGGAAGUUAUAUGAAGCCUACAGUAGCGUCUGUCGCAAACAGCAGGUGGCAGCUGUAGACCAGUCUGAGUGUUUGUCCCUUUCAGGACUCCUAGAGUCCAGGGGCAUUGUGGGAUUAAAGAAGAAUAAGGAGAGUCGCCUCACCAAGGUAUCUCUGAAGAUUGAAGAAAAGGAAGUAGAGCAUGUCCUGAAAGGCAAAGCUUUCCUUGGGAACAUCCUCGCUGCUGGCCUGCCCUGAAUGUCUCUCUCACUUACCGCAGAAUGUCUCUACUCACUCACUGCAGGUGUCCCGCUGGCAUUUGGCAGCCCGGGGAGUCUUCAUUUUAGUAAGGGUUGUGGAAACAGUUACAGCCUUUUUGAUUCCGCACCAGUAAAUUUUAGCGUAUGGAUUCAUGAGUGUUAGCACUAGCUAAUAUCUUUGGCUCUCAUUGUUUUUACCCGUAAAAAUGACUGAGUAGCUGGGUAUGGUGGAGUAUGCCUGUGAUCCCAGCACUUGGGAAAUAGAGUCAGGAGUUCAAGGCCAUCCUUUGCUACAUAAUGAGUUUGGGGUGGCCUAGACUACAUUAGACUCUGUAAAAAUAAAACCAAUGACCCCUUUUUAAGCAAUUUCAGUACUUUCCCCUUUCACGUUCCUAGCCACGGUACCUGCAAGUAUAUACAGACUUGUGUUGAAGAAUUGUAUAUGUAUUACCUCUAUCUACAAAGGAUAUAUUUUGUAAAGAACUUUGAGGUUUAGAAGGAGGAAGUGGAAUGAUCCAGAAAAAAAUACACAAGCCUACGUGGAAAUAUAAAGGACAUUUUGUUCAGAGGAUGCUCCACUCAUGUGACAGGUGCUGCUGCUCUGGACUUUUUAAAGACAGAUGAUGAUUCUCCAGUGCUCCCCACCAGUGUGGGGUGAUACGGAGGGUGUAACUACGCACUGUGAAUAUAUUUAUUUUCAAGUUC